AUGGCCUGUAUUGAGGCCGUCGAUACCGAGGCCAACCCGUCGUUGCACCAUGACGUCACCCCUGCUCACGAGCCCGAAUCCGCGUCUGACAUCUGUCGCUUGCCGUUCGAGUUGCUGGCUCGGGUCUUAGGCCAUCUGCCAUUGGCUGACAGGGCGCAUGCCGCCAUGUCAUGCUCCCUCAUGCGCCACGCUAUCAACAGUUCCCUACCCUCCCUUUUCUCGACCUCAAUGCCGGAAGCCCCUGUCUUAAUGAUGCUGCAUUCACUGCGCUCUGCUCCUUUCUCUCCUCCUUCCCGUUUCCCCUUGUCCCCUCCUCGCAGUGUGCUCCCUGCCCUGACCUUUCUCGACCUCAAGGCCGGAAGCCCCUGUCUCAAUGAUGCUGCAUUCACUGCGCUCUGCUCCUUUCUCUUCUCCUUCCCGUUUCCCCUUGUCCCCUCCUCGCAGUCUGCUCCCUGCCCUGACCUUUCUCGACCUCAAGGCCGGAAGCGACUUUUGAGGCGCCUCAAAAGUAGUUUCCCCUUUUUCCCUCCUCGCAGUCUGCUCCCUGCCCUGACCUUUCUCGACCUCAAGGCCGGAAGCCCCUGUCUCAACGACGCUGCAUUCACUGCGCUCUGCAGCAGGCUGGGAGCUGCUGGGAUUGGGGAUGGUGGGGAGUCUCGCUCUGUGGGGGGUGCUGGGAUCAAGGCGGGUGGGGCAGGAGGGGAAUGCAAGGAGGGGAUGGGGAAGAGAGGAGCGGGUAGGAAGAGGGGAAGGGCAGAGGUGGAGGAGGAAGGGGGAAAGGAUGAGGAUCAGAGUCUGGAUCCUGGUGGGGAGACCGGGGGCGCCAGAGAGAAUACGGCUGGUGGGGAGACCGGGGGCGCCAGAGAGAAUACGGCUGGUGGGGAGACCGGGGGCGCCAGAGAGAAUACGGCUGGUGGGAGACGGUGCUGCUUGCGGCGGCUGGAACUGGUGAGCGACUUUUGA